UGUCAGCGAUCUCUGUCCUCUGAUUGGACGCACAGUUUCAGCACAACUAGCACCAACUCGGUCUGUGUAGUUCAUAAAUAAUUCGUCUUCUUAUCGGCUUCUCGGUUGAAUUAUCAUAUUCUCAGCAGCUCUGAGGAAACCUCGUCGAAACGGUCUUGAGUUUCGUCUGAAUGGCUGAAGCCUCCGUUACAGACACAUCGAAGUUGAAUCCAGAGUCUGCCGAGUUUGUACCACAAGCUAAACCCGACCAGCCCUACUCUAGGAGAAGUUACAGGCAGCAGCACCACACUCAGGACUGGAGGGCUCAACAUGUUAGGCCUCAUCAUCACUUGAGACAGUCCGAUGCGACUAAGCAUGGUCAAGAUGAGUCUGACAACCCAGAGAUUUUUACAUUACCGCCUCCUGAACUUCCCAUCAGAGGAGACGUAAGAGGUAGAGGAAGAGGAGGAAGACAAAGAGGAGGACGCGGUGAUGGUAGGCGCAUUAAUGACCAUCGUGCUUCGAACGAGAGAUGGACAAAACCUGGAAGUGAUAACGACUGCUCAGGAAGGGGCCAUGAGCGACCCAACUCACCCACUCACCCACCUAAUAGAUCCACGGAUGAGGAGAAGAAAGAAAGAACAACUGUGGAAGCUGACGUAAGAGUGUCUUAUCAAGCUAGCCGACGUAAACAGCCCAAUAAAGCAAGAGCAGAGAGAAUGAUAAAGGAGCCUCAGCCCAAGGACCAAGAGGAGAAUAGGGAAAACCAGGAUGAUGCAGGAGACACAAAGCCUGCAGCAGUUCAUGAACAUCCAGAGCCUGAGCAGAGGAACCAUAAGGGAUGGAGAGGUGGAGAUCGCCACAUGCAGCCCAGUUCCUGGAGGAAAGGGCUGGCCCCUAACUAUGGGAUUGAGGGUAACUGGAGAGAAAGAGAACCUGCUCAGAUCAGAGUGGAGGAGAGGAGAGGUGCAGAAGUUGAGGGCGGAAGACAUGAAGAGUCUAGCAGAAACAGAGGAGCUGCGAGAGCAGAGGAGAGGAGAGGUGCAGAAGUUGAGGGCGGAAGCAGUGAGGAGUUCAUCAGGAACAGAGGAUGUGCAAGAGGGGAGGAGAAGAGAGGUGCAGAAGUUGAGGGUGGAAGCAGUGAGGAGUUCAUCAGGAACAGAGGAGGUGCAAGAGGGGAGGAGAAGAGAGGUGCAGAAGGUGAGGGUGGAAGCCGUGAGGAGUUCAACAGGAACAGAGGAGGUGCAAGAGGGGAGGAGAGGAGAGGUGCAGAAGGUGAGGGUGGAAGCCGUGAGGAGUUCAACAGGAACAGAGGAGGUGCAAGAGGGGAGGCGAGGAGAGGUGCAGAAGGUGAGGGUGGAAGCCGUGAGGAGUUCAACCGAAACAGAGGAGGUGCAAGAGGGGAGGCGAGGAGAGGUGCAAAAGGUGUGAGUGGAAGCCGUGAGGAGUUCAACAGGAACAAAGGAGCUGCGAGAGGGGACGCAAGGAGAGGUGCAGAAGGUGAGGGUGGAAGCCAUGAGGAGUUCAACAGGAACAGAGGAGGUGCAAGAGGGGAGGCAAGGAGAGGUGCAGAAGGUGAGGGUGGAAGCCGUGAGGAGUUCAACAGAAACAGAGGAGGUGCGAGAGGGGAGGAGAGGAAAGAUGCAGAAAGUGAGAGUGGAAGCCGUGAGGAGUUCAACAGAAACAGAGGAGGUGCAAGAGGGGAGGCGAGGAGAGGUGCAGAAGGUGAGGGUGGAAACAGUGAGGAGUUCAACAGAAACAGAGGAGGUGCAAGAGGGGAGGCGAGGAGAGGUGCAGAAGGUGUGGGUGGAAGCCGUGAGGAGUUCAACAGAAACAGAGGAGCUGCGAGAGGGGAGGAGAGGAGAGGUGCAGAAAGUGAGGGUGGAAGCCGUGAGGAGUUCAACAGGAAUGGAGGUGCAAGAGGGGAGGUGAGGAGAGGUGCAGAAGGUGAGGGUGGAAACAGUGAGGAGUUCAACAGAAACAGAGGAGGUGCGAGAGGGAAAAGGCCACUACUGCAGAAUCCAGGGUCGAGGAGAGGCGGAGGUCCAGAGCGACGGACCGGACCGGUGAAGCACAUGGAGCUUCCCAAAAGCAAAGAAACCCAGACAGGUUGUCUAAUUGAGCAGCUGACGGAGGAGAAGUAUGAGUGUAUGGUCUGUUGUGAAGUGAUUCGGGUCAUGGCUCCGGUUUGGAGCUGUCAGAGCUGUUUCCAUGUAUUCCACCUUAACUGCAUCAAGAAAUGGGCUCGCUCACCUGCAUCUCAAGCUGAUGAUAGCACUGAAGGCUGGCGUUGUCCUGCAUGCCAGCAUGUGGCUCUCAAAGCCCCUAAUGCAUACUCCUGCUUCUGUGGGAAGGUGACCAAUCCUGAGUUUCAGCGCACUGAGAUCCCUCAUAGCUGUGGAGAUAUGUGUGGGAAAAAGAGGAGUGGAGGGGAAUGCAAUCACCCCUGUAACAUCUUGUGCCAUCCUGGGCCCUGCCCACAGUGUCCAGCUUUUAUCACAAAGUCCUGCAUUUGUGGGAGAAUGAGAAAGCAGGUUCGUUGCAGUCAGGCAGGACCUCUGCUUUGUGAGGACGUCUGUGGAGCUCUUCUGAACUGCUCAGAGCACUUCUGUGCCCAGGUGUGCCAUUCGGGGCCAUGCCAACCCUGCCAACUUCGUGUUCAGCAAGCCUGCUUCUGUGGUGUGACAUUCAGGGAGGUGGCGUGUGGGACUGAUCGUGAAAAGUUUGAUGGAUCAGGAUAUUUCACCUGUUGCAAGCCCUGUGGAAAGAUGCUAGACUGCCAGUCCCAUCGCUGUCAGCAGUUAUGCCACCCUGGGCAGUGCCAGUCAUGUCCACUCAGCCCCAAGCUGGUGCGCAGUUGUUCAUGUGGACAGACUCCAUUAUCUAAGCUUCUGGAGCUUGGCUACACAGAGAGAAAGACCUGUACUGACCCGAUCCCCUCCUGUGGCAAGACCUGCAACAAACCGCUGCCAUGUGGAGAUGGUGAUUCUGUCCACUUGUGUGAAAAGCUCUGCCAUGAGGACAGCUGUGGCCCGUGCUCUUUGACCUCCUCUAUCAAAUGCAGAUGUGGCAGUAACAGCAAGGAAGUUCCUUGUGCAGCCAUUCAGACUGAACAAGACAUGGUGUUCACUUGUGAGAAACGCUGCAGCAAGAAGCGCUCCUGCGGCAGGCACAAGUGUGGAGAGUUGUGUUGUGUGGAUGUGGAGCAUAAGUGCUCAAUGAUUUGUGGUUACAAACUCAAUUGCGGUCUGCAUCGAUGUCAGGACCUUUGUCACCGUGGCAACUGCCAGCCUUGUUGGCAAACUAGUUUUGAUGAGUUGGCGUGCUACUGUGGGGAGACUGUGCUGUUCCCGCCCAUCCCUUGUGGAACGAGACCUCCUGAAUGUAAAAACUUAUGUACCCGAAGUCAUGAUUGUGAUCAUCCAGUGUUCCAUUCAUGCCAUAGUGAGGAGAGAUGUCCUCCCUGUACCUACCUCACCAAGAAGUGGUGCAUGGGUAAUCAUGAGCAAAGGAGUAAUAUCCCAUGCCACCUGCAGGACAUCUCGUGUGGUUUAGUGUGUGACAAGCUCUUACCUUGUGGUUCUCAUCACUGUAAGAAAAUAUGUCACCGUGGGGAAUGCCAGGCAGAGGGAGAGUGUAAGCAGCCAUGCACUCACCCUAGGGCCAGCUGUGGACACCCCUGUGCUGCUCCCUGCCACCCAGGCACCCCCUGUCCACCCUCCAUCUGCAGUGCCAAGAUGGCACUGCAGUGUGACUGUGGCCGAAAGAAAGAGACCGUUCCUUGUGCUGAUGCAGCCAGUUCCUAUCAAAGAUAUGCAGCUAUUGCCGUUGCCAGUAAGCUGUCAGAUAUGCAGCUGGGAGAGUCCGUCGACAUUGGACAGCUCACAAAGAAAGAGCAGAGAAAGGCCAGGUUGGAGUGUGAUCAAGAAUGUGCUACACUGGAGAGGAACAGGCGGCUGGCUGAGGCCCUGCAGAUUGAUCAGUCAGUGGAUACCUUCAACAAGUCAGCGACUUCCAAAUAUAGUGACUCUCUGAAAGAAGAUGCAAGGAAAGAUUUCAAGUUUGUUAGUGAAAUUGAAGAGGAGAUUAAGAAUUUAGUUGAACUGGCUAACAAGGGUAAACAGCCUAAGAGGAGUCACUGUUUUCCACCUAUGAAGCGUGAACACCGGAGAAUUAUCCAUGAGCUAGCGGAGGCAUAUGGUGUGGAAAGCGUCAGCUAUGAUAGCGAACCCAAGCGCAAUGUCGUGAUUACUGCCAUCAGGGGGAAAUCAGUGUGUCCUAACACAAGUCUGGCUGCUUUGAUUGAAAGGGAAACUGUUUCCAGAGCACCUCCUCCUAUUGCCCACAUAAAACAACACACAAGCAAGGCCGACAAUAGUAAUGCUUGGAUGAAUCAAUCUAAAGAGGAGCCCUCGAUUGAUUAUUUUGAUGUGCAGGAUUGACAUGAAAUUCUGAACAGUCACUGUAAUAAUCACACAAAAUAAAACUAUCCAAAGUCCAAUAACUACUUUUCACUCUAGCAUCAGUUCUGAACACAAACACAGUGAGAAUCUAAAGCUAUGAUUUGUGGACAUGUUUGUUAGGAGCAAACAUCAGUAAAAAUUGAUGUAGUUUCUGUGCACAUAUUAAAGAAAAGAAAUGUGGGAUGUAUUUGUAUUCUGAGACUUGACUUCUGAUAGACAGCUUACACGAGUGUCAGGAGUGAGUCAGAGAGAAGUUGGACAGGAUCGGCAUCAGGAAGUUUGUUGGUAGUAAUCUCAUUUUACCAUACCUUGUUGAAGGUGAAAAUAACUGCAUCUCAGCUCCAAUAAAUACUUCUUAAAGCACAA